CAACCAUACACAUCGUCUGUUAAUUAAUAUCUCCAGUGGAGCUGAAUAAAAGAUUUAUUUCAAAAAAUAUAUAUUGUGGAAAAGGCAGCGCUGUACUUAAGGGUUAAGAGCCAAACACUUCGCCGCAGUAUUAUUAAGCAGUUUUUUUGCUGAAUUUAUAAUUUUAUUUUGCGUGUGACAGCAACAACAAUGACCAACAUCAGGAAAGCAGCCUCUUCUCUACAAAAACUCUUCGUUUGCGGCGCCUUGAAAUAUGGCCAACCUAGUCAUUCCAUACUCGCCAAUUCCGGCAAUGGUUAUGCGAAAUUCUGGUGUCGCGCCACAACCACGGAGAAACUGCCGCUCGUGAUAGCCACACGCUACAAUAUUCCAUUCUUGUUGAACAAGCCCGGUGUUGGUAAUUAUGUUUUGGGUGAAAUUUACGAAGUUGAUGAUAAGAUGCUGAGAUCAUUGGAUAACCUGGAGGAUUGUCAGGAUGUAUUCACACGGGAUAUGCAGGAUAUGAAUAUCGGCGUGGGUGAGGGCACGGUUCCCUGUUGGGUGUAUUUGCUGCAAAAGUAUCCUGAAAAGCUGCUAUCUCUGCCAUAUCUCUCCAGCUAUGAGAAUAGCGCUACUCAUCCGUAUGUAAUGCGCAAUCGUCGCACGCACAAGCAUCCACCCCAAGAGGAUCUCGCCUACACUGCGGCUUAAACACUGUGCCAGGCACAUUAAACAACUGUAUUUACAUACAUACAUACAUACAUACAUAAGUAUAUGCUUAAAUACGUAGUCUGUUUUUUAGAUAUUUGGCUAAUUGUGUGAUUAGCACUUAGUUGCGCUGUGUAUGCAGUUUGAUAGCAUGGAAUGUUCUAGCAGUUGCCCAAUUUUUUCUUGACCAAUGGAGGAUAUAUGUCGAGGCAUAUGUAGUAACUUAUGAAAAUUCCAAUGUCGAUAUUAGCUGCACUUUUGUAGUUUUUAAAUGUAGCCGUAUAAAAUUUAUAUACAUAAAUAUUUUACAUACAUAUAGAAACUUACGAAAACUUAACGUCUGGUCUUCAUAACAAUGCCUAAAUUCUUUUAAAAAUGGAGUGUAUUGUUAAAAAAAAAAAUAAGUGUAUUCUGAAACCGUAAUUUUAAGUUAUAUUGCGAAUAAAAUAUUUGAUAAAAAAUA